CGUCUACUUACAGUCACAUACACUUAAUGCCUCACGAACGCUAUAUAACCCAUUAAUUUACUAAUAUCUUCGAAGAUUUACAUACGAAAAAUCUGUUUCGAGCGCCUUCAAUCGUCGGAGUAUCUGCUGCAAUCGCAAUGAAAGAAGCAGUGUUCAAAAAAUUACAUCGCCAUGACAAGUCUCCAGACUCAAGGCGCGGUCUCGAUGAGCGGAGUUACUCUGUGGAUUCAAGUUCUGCAGAAGAGAACGUAACACUACUUGAUACAACGGGCGCUACCUCUUCUUCCACAAUUUUGGGUACAGAUCUGAGUAAUCUAUCCCCAGUCCCGGCCGGAAAGGUCGAGAAAGAACCAAAUACUAGGGAGAGUCACUAUCGGGAACCCCUUACAUCGAUUGGAGGCAAAGAUUCGGAAGGGUGGUCCCCCAAGGAUGAGAAGCAACAAAAGCGAUCUGGGUCUUCCAAAGAGACGAUGACCAGCAGCGACUCUCUACAGAAGUCGUUACUUGAAAUCCAAUCAGAGAGGAAUCGUCUCCAGCACGAAAACGACAGGCUCCACAGGGAGCUUCACCGUACGCGUGAAAUACUCCACAAUCAGCAAAUUCAGCAUCAGGAGGAUCGUCGUCUUCUUCAGAGCCGAGGCAAGGAGCUAGAGAGCACACGUCCUUUCCUGGACAAGACAGACGCACAUUCCUUCGCCGACAUCAAGUCAAUGAUGGGGUCACUGAACUCCGAAAUUCAUCAGCUGGCUGCGUACAUGUCUGAUACGUUGUUCGACAGCGGGAAAAGGGAGGAGAUAGCUGAUGAGGAAGCUAACCAUUCAAUGAAGCGAGCAAAGUAUUACCUCGAUGAUCGCAUUCUUGCACUUUUGAUGCGCAGAGACGCAGAUGAUGCAGAAAAAAGUGGCGUCCUGCAGGUCGCUUUUCAAGCGGCAUUGCUGUUUGAGUGUACUGAUUAUCUCGGAGUCUGGGAUUUAGAUCCUGCAGAAAACGAUAUGUUACGCGAUUUGCAUGCAAGAGUUCAAGAAUCCAACACGGCUGCGGUAGCCGGAAGAUGGAGAGCACUGACUAUCACAAUGAGCAAAUAUCACUCAUCUUCGAAGGCGGAACAGUAUCUAUCCCAUCGCCUCGGACGUCAGCUUGAAAAAGUCAUACUUUUAGGAGGAUGGGCCAUCCGAAACAUACCGGAAGCAUUGCGAAAUGCUUUUGGCGAACGGAUCACGGAAAUCACAAAGUUGGCAAUUAAAUUGGAUAGAGCGAUCAAGGAAGGGAUCACUUCCCAAGAUUUGUACGCCCAUUUCGUGGGUCCUGGGGAAAAGUAUGAUUCUGGAACAAUGAACGGCGCAUACGGCAACCCGAAGACGACAGAUGAAACAGUCUCGUGCACGUGUGAGCUUGGGCUGAAGUCGUUCGAAGAAAAAGGAAAGAGGGCCAGACUUGUGUUGAAGGCAGGUGUAGUCGUUCCGUCGGCGCUAGUGUAGAUAUGGUCAUUUUUGUAGCGUUAAAACAAUAUCACUAGUAUUCGAGUCUCUCUAUUCGGCGUAAGC